CAAAUUUCAACGUUCGUUUACUGAUCGCUAUAUUUAGAAUAUCCGAAUAUACACAUAUAAUAUGUUUGCAUCUGCUUUAAUAUCCUCUUAAGUGAUUUUUUUAAUAGAAAAAUUUUGCCAAUGUAAGAUAUGAUAAGCCGUACUCAUCUUAAGCGAUAACACUCCGCAUGCUUAUAUAAAAAUCAGUUCGAGUAGAGACAAAUUCGUCAGUUAGCAAUUUAGUGUGAAUGAAGGAAUAGUUCCCGGUCCCUAACUUUAGCGACUGGAUUAUUCACGAUGAAAGAUAUAUACUUAGUGGUCAUUUUAUACAUGACUACGUUGAGCAUUGCACUCAACAUAUCACCAGUGACUGAUUUUCCGACAGAAUGUCCGAUAAAUGACAACUCACGGGAUAAAAUUGUUUACUUGCCCCAUGAAAAUGACUGUACAAAAUUCUACAGUUGCCACAUGGGAACAAAGGGGAAACCACUAGAUUGCCCUUUCAUGGAUAAAAACGGUAACAGAUUGCACUUCAAUCCCGUACUUCAGGUAUGCGAUUGGCCUUGGAAUGCAGAGUGUCAAAUUAGAUCAACAUCAACUCCGAUGACGCCGACAAGUUCUUUAAUACCGCCGAUUUCGCCGUCAAGUUCUCUGACGACAAUUUCAUCACCAAGUCCUUCGACAUCGCCGACAUCGUCGUCAAAUUCUCCGACGACGUCGACAGUACCACCAAAUUCUUCGACACCGCCGACAUCGUCGUCCAGUUUUCCGACGACGUCAACUUUACCACCAAGUUCUUCGACAUUGCCGACAUCGUCGUCAAAUUCUCCGACGAUGCCGACUGUACCACCAAAUUCUUCGACAACAGUGACUUCAUCGUCCAGUUCUCUGACAACGACAACAUUACCACCAAAUUCUUCGAUAUCGACCACUUCAUCGUCCAAUUCUCCAACGACGGCGACUUCAUCACCAAGUUCUCCGACAUCGCCGACAUCGUCGUCCAAUUUUCCGACGACGCCGACAUUACCAUCAAAUUCUUCGACAUCGUCGACUUCAUCGUCCAAUUCUCCGACGACAACGACUUCAUCACCAAGUUUUCCGACGACGCCGACUUUACCAUCAAGUUCUUCGACCUCGCCGACUUCAUCGUCCAGUUCUCCGACGACGCCGACAUUACCACCAAAUUCUUCGACAUCGUCGAUUUCAUCGUCCAGUUUUCCGACAACAACGACUUUGUCACCAAGUUCUCCGACAUUGCCAACAUCGUCAUCCAGUUCUCCGACGACGCCGACUUUACCACCAAGUUCUUCGACAUCGCCAAUUUUACCACCAAGUUCUUCGAUAUCGCCGACAUCAUCUUCCAGUUCUCCGACGACAUCGACUUUACCACCAAGUUCUUCGACACUCCCGACUUUAUCACCAAGUUCUUCGAUAUCGCCGACAUCAUCGUCUAGUUCUCCGACGACGUUACCAUCAAAUUCUUCGACAUCGUCGACUUUAUCCAGUCCUCUGACGACGACAAUUUUACCACCAAGUUCUUCGACAUCGCCGAUUUCGUCGUCCAGUUCUCCGAUAACAAUGACUUCAUCAUCCAGUUCUUCGAUAUCAUCGACUCUGCCAGCAAGUUCUUCGACAUCAUCAAAUAUCAUAAAAAAUACGACAUCGGGAACUUUGCCUUCUUGGACUUGUGAAUUUGAUGACAGAACACACAUGAUUCCCCAUAAGAUUAUGUGUGAUCAUUAUUACAUAUGCUUUAACGGUAUAGUAAACCCUGAACCAAAGAAAUGCGAUCGCAAUUUACUCUUUAAUCCAAUUCUUCGUGUAUGCGAUUAUCCAGAAAAUGUAAAUUGCAAUUAUAUUCCCAAUGUUGUAUGGAAUACAACAACGACAUCAUCGGCUUCGCCAUUGUCGAUACAGAUAAUUUCGCUGCUGCAUCCUCUGUCGCCAACAAUGACUAUAACAGCAGCUUCGACAACGAUUACAACGGCAAUCUCAAUGGCAACUACACAAGCCUCCAAAAAACCUCGCACAAAGUGUCCUUCCAAAACAUCAACCGAAGUAGCGCGGAUUGCUCAUCGAUGUCUAUGCAACGUAUAUUAUGAAUGCGUGAAUGGUGACAAGAUACAUCAAACAUGCCCGAACGGGAUGCAUUUCGAUUAUGUGCGAGAAGUUUGCGAUUUGCCCGAAAUAGUGAACUGUGUGCGGCCUAUUACUGCCAUAGAUAUUCUAAUGGGCAGCUGUCAGAGUAAAUGCUAUCCGGACGGCAAAGCAUUUCAACAUGAAAUUGAUUGUUCGUCGUAUUAUCUAUGUUCCGAUGGUGAGAGAAUUCUAAAACACUGUAUUGCGGGACUCCACUUCAACGUUAUCCUCCAGAUGUGCGACUAUCCGAUUAAACCAGAUUGCGACUUAACUGCUAUGUUCCUCACGACGAUCACUGUAGGUGAUUGUCCUCCUCCGGAUUCCACAGAAAAAGUACUGUUGCCUCAUGAAUGUAAUUGCGAACAAUAUUACGAAUGCGUUAAUGGAAAUCAAGUACUUCGAAUUUGUCCAAAUAGUCAACAUUUUGAUCGCAUUCGGAACAUUUGUGAUCAUCCAGAAAACGCUAAAUGCCCAUAUGUUUGUCCUUGUACCAAAAAAACAAUAUUGUUGCCCCACGAAUGUAAUUGCAAUCAGUAUUACGAAUGCGUUAAGGGAAGGCAAGCACUUCGAACUUGUCCAAAUGGUCUAUAUUUUGAUUAUAUUCAGAAGAUUUGCAAACAUCCAGCUGAAGCCAAUUGUGCAACCACACCUAAUCCAACGACAACUACAGAAACUACAACAACAGAAACGACAACAACAGAAACGACAACAACAGAAAUGAUAACAACAGAAACGACAACAACAGAAACGACAACAACAGAAACGACAACAACAGAAACGACAACAACAGAAACGCCUAUCACAACAACACCUACAACAACUACAACAGAGAACAUUCCUGAAAAACCACGAAAAACAUGUCCUCCUCCAGGAUCGACUGAGGAAGCACGAAUCGCUCAUCCUUUGUUUUGUAAUAUGUAUUACAAGUGCAAAAAUGGUAAAAAGAUACUACAAAUAUGUCCGAUCACCUGGCAUUUCGAUUAUAUACGAGAGGUUUGCGAUUGGUUUUGGAAAGUAAAAUGCAUCCGGCCAAUUCCAACGUAUGAUAUUUUAAUUAGUGACUGCGACAAUAAAUGCUCUCAGGAAGGCAGAGCAUUUCGGCACGAAACCGACUGUUCCUUGUAUUAUUUAUGCUCCAAUGGUAAAAAAAUUCUAAAAUACUGUACGGCAGGACUCCACUUCAAUGUUACCCUCCAAAUGUGCAAUUAUCCGUAUAAGAGUUGCGAUCUCUCUGAUAAUACUUUAUCGAUAACUACUCUAAACGUUUGCCCUCCAAAUUCUAUAGAGAAAGUACGUUUUUCUCACAAAUGUAAAUGCACGCAUUAUUAUGAAUGUGUUAAUGGAAGAAAUCUUCUUUUUGAAUGCUCGGACGGUCUGCAUUUUGAUAACAUUCAGCAGAUUUGCAAAGAUCCAGUUGAGGCCGGUUGCGCUACAUUUCCAGAAUCCACUCCCACGUCCAUUAUUUCUACUACAAAGUGGCCCGAAGAAACUGAUAAAACAACUAUUAACAAUCUCGAUCCAUCUACCUGUAUCGGUACCUGUCCUGAAACGGACCCUUCAUUUGCAGUGUUACUUCCUAACAAAGAUUGCAAGAAGUUCUGCAUGUGCAGUAGUGGUAUUGCAUGGGUUCAAUCUUGUCCUGAGCCUCUUUAUUUCGAUUCCAAAGAUAAAGUCUGCAAAUAUAAGAGAGAAGCUGUUUGCGCCGUACAUUCAUUCAAUCAAGAUAGAGUUUCGAUUUUUAAUGAAAUGAUCGAUGACGAGAAUUCGAUGCAACCUCUAAACGAUAAAAUUAAUGACAAACAAAAGAUACAUGAUAAUUCUUUGUCUAAAGUACGCAUUUACAAUCUCGAUCCAGCUACUUGCAUUGGUAUAUGUCCUGAAGAGGAUCCUACAUUUGCGGUGUUACUUCCUAACGAAGAUUGCAAGAAAUUCUGCAUGUGCAGCAAUGGUAUUGCAUGGGUUCAAUCUUGUCCUGAACCUCUUUAUUUCGAUUCCAAAGAUAAAGUUUGCAAGAAUAAGAGAGACGCUGUUUGCGCGGAACGCUUAUUCAAUCAAGAUCACACAUUUAUGCUUCAUAGAAUAGUCGAUGACGAGAAUUCGGUGCAAUCUCUGCACAAUAAGAAUAACGACGAACAAGAAAUACAUGACAAUUCUUGGUCUAAAGUACGCAUCAACGACGAUCUCGAUCCAGCUACUUGCAUUGGUAUAUGUCCUGAAGAGGAUCCUACAUUUGCGGUGUUACUUCCUAACGAAGAUUGCAAGAAAUUCUGCAUGUGCAGCAAUGGUAUUGCAUGGGUUCAAUCUUGUCCUGAACCUCUUUAUUUCGAUUCCAAAGAUAAAGUCUGCAAGAAUAAGAGAGACGCUGUUUGCGCGAAACGCUUAUUCAAUCAAGAUGAUGCAUUUAUGCUCCAUAGAAUAGUCGAUGACGAGAAUUCGGUGCAAUCUCUGCACAAUAAGAAUAACGACGAACAAGAAAUACAUGACAAUUCUUGGUCUAAAGUCCGCAUCAACGACGAUCUCGAUCCAGCUACUUGCAUUGGUAUAUGUCCUGAAGAGGAUCCUCCAUUUGCAGUGUUACUUCCUAACGAAGAUUGCAAGAAGUUCUGCAUGUGCAGCAAUAGUAUUGCAUGGGUUCAAUCUUGUCCUGAACCUCUUUAUUUCGAUUCCAAAGAUAAAGUCUGCAAGAAUAAGAGAGACGCUGUUUGCGCGAAACGCUUAUUCAAUCAAGAUGAUGCAUUUAUGCUCCAUAGAAUAUUCGAUGACGAAAAUUCGAUGCAAUCUCUGCACAACAAGAAUAACGACGAACAAGAAAUACAUGACAAUUCUUGGUCUAAAGUACGCAUCAACGACGAUCUCGAUCCAGCUACUUGUAUUGGUACCUGUCCUGAAGUGGACCCUCCAUUUGCAGUGUUACUUCCUAACGAAGAUUGCAAGAAGUUCUGCAUGUGCAGCAACGGUUAUGCGUGGGUUCAAUUUUGUCCUGUGCCUCUUUAUUUCGAUUCAAAAGAUACAGUCUGCAAGAAUAAGAGAGACGCUGUUUGCGCCGUACGUUCAUUUAAUUAAAAUCAUGUUUGUAUGAUUGAUAAAACGAUCGAGAAGGAUAGUUAGAUGAAAUUUCUAAGUAAGAAGCACUUUAAUGAACGAAGAACGUAGGUUUUGAUUUAAACUAAUUACUUUCAGUCAAUUUUUUUAAAUAUUUGAGAUUUUAAAAAU